UCUCCUCGUCCAGUCAUUGUCCCCAUCGGUCUCCGGUUUCCUUUUUCCUUUCACCCUAAAAGCUUUGAGAGCCGCUGGCUUCUCCUGGUUCUCCGCGUCUCUCCAUCUCCGGUGGGUCAGACGAGCAGGAUGGAGGGCUGCCUGGGGGAGGAAUCUUUUCAGAUGUGGGAGCUCAACCGACGCCUGGAGGCCUACCUGGCCCGAGUCAAAGCGCUAGAGGAGCAUUAUGAGCUGCUCAGCACGGAGCUUGUGGGUCUCCGGGCACAGUCCGGGGAUGCCUCCUGGCGGGCCCGUGCCGACGACGAGCUCGCAGCUCUGCGAGCCCUCGUCGACCAGCGCUGGCGGGAGAAGCACGCCGCCGAGAUGGCUCGCGAUAGCCUGGAGGAAGAGGCGGAGAGCGUGGCUGGCCGGUGCCAGCAGCAGCGUCUGGCCCGAGAGCGGAUGGCAGAGGAGAUGGCCCGCAGCCGGCGUGCGGUCGAGGCGGAGAAGUGCGCCCAGGCCUGGCUGAGCAGCCGGGCGGCGGAGCUGGAGCGCGAGCUAGAGGCUCUGCGCGCGGCGCACGAGGAGGAGCGAGCAAGCCUGACCGUGCCGGUGGCUGGGCCCCCGUGCCGCCCCAGCCCACCCCGCGGGCCCCCAGCGCCGGGCCCCGAGGUUGAGGAGCUCGUACGACGGCUGGGCGAGGCGUGGCGCGGAGCAGUGCUCGGCUACCAAGAGCGUGUGGCGCGCAUGGAAACGGCGCUGAGCCAGGCCCGCCAGCGGUUGGGUCGCGUGGUGCAGGGCGCCCGGAAGGGGCGCCUGGAGCUGCAGCAGCUCCAGGCUGAGCGCGGCGGCCUCCAAGACCGCAGGGCAGCCCUGGUGCAGAGGUUGGAGGGCUGCUGGCAGGAGCGACUGCGGGCCACUGAGAAGUUCCAGCUGGCCGUGGAGGCCCUGGAGCAAGAGAAACAAGACCUGCAGAGUCAGAUUGCCCAGGUCCUGGAAGGUCGUCAGCAGCUGUCACGACUCAAGAUGUCCCUCAGCCUGGAGGUAGCCACAUACAGGACCCUCCUAGAGGCUGAGAACUCCCGGUUGCAGGUACCUGGCUGUGGUUCUAAGGCUUCCUUCAGCUUCCAGGACCCUAAACUGGAGCUGCAUUUUCCUGGGACUCCAGAGGGCCGGCGUCUGGGACCUUUACUCUCUGUCCUGAGCCCUACUCCCCUUUCCUCACCCUUACCUAAUACCCUUGAGACACCUGUUCCAGCCUUUCUGAAGAGCCAGGAAUUCCUCCCAGCCCGUACCUCCACCUUGGCCAGCACCCCCAUUCCACCCACACCUCAGGCUCCCUGCCCUGCUACAGAUGGUGAGAUCAGAGCCCAGGAUGCCCCUCUCUCUGUGCUCCAGCCACAGGUUGGGAGGCAGCAAGUUCCGCAGGCCACACAGGCUGAAGCCAAUAUAGCUAUUACUGCCAGCAUCCUUCCAGGACCAGAGAAAUCUGGGGAAAGGCAGCAAGAGGCCAGUACAGACCAGUCUCCUGAGGAUCAUGCCUCUUUGGCUCCACCCCUUAUCCCUGACCACCUCAGUUUAGAGGCUAAAGAUGGAGAACCCGGUGAGACUAGAUUAUCCAGCAGAUUCCAGGAGAAAGGCGAAGGGCAAAUGUGGGAGCUGGCAGAGAAAGAAAUAGCUGUAGAAGUCAAAGUGGUAAGCAGCUUGCAGCAGCAAACACAACAAAAAGAAGGGGAUCUGGACAUGAGGGGAAUCCAGGAAUCCCAGGGUCUUUUGGAAAAAGACACUCUGAAGUCUCUGGAAGAGGAGAUUCAAGAGCCACUGAUGUUUCUGGAAAAACACAGCCACGAGACACUGAGAUCUCUGGAGAAGGAAAAUCAAGAGCUAUUGAAGUCCUUAGAAGAAAAGGACAUGGAGGUAGUGCGAACGCUAGAAAAAGAGACUCUAGGACUACUUACGCCUAUAGGAAAAGAGGACCCACAGACACUGCAAUCUCUAGGAGAGGAGAAUCAGGAACUAAUGAGAUCUCUUGAAGAUAAUCCAGAGACAUUUUUAUAUUCAGGAAAGGAAAAUCAAGAACUAGUCAGGUCCCUAGAAGGGGAGAACCUUGAGUCCUUGAAAGCUCUAGAAAAACAGAUCCAAGAGCCACUGAGGUCUCUAGAAGAAGAGGACCAGAAAGCACUGGGAAUUAUUGAAAAAGUUACAUCUCUGAAGUCUCUAGAAGAAGAAAACCAGGAGACCUUGAAAUCUCUAGAAAAAGAGAACCAGGAACCACUGAGGUCUCUAGAACAAGAGGACCAAGAGACAAUGAGACCUCUAGAAAAAGAGACUCAACAGCCACUGAUGUCUCUAGGAGAAAAAGACCAAAUGACAUUGAGACCUCUGGAAAAGGUGAAACCAGAGCCACUGAAGUCUCUUGGAAAAGACCAGGGGAUAUUUAGACCUCUUGAAAAAGAGAAUCAAGAAUUACUAAUAUCCCUAAAAGAAGAGAGUGUAGAUGCAAUGAGAUGUUUAGAAAUAGAGAAUCUAGAAUCACUAAAGUGUGCAGGAGAAGAUCUGGAAAUAUUAAAGUCUACAGAAACUCAAGAGCCAUUGUGGUCUCUGGAAGAAAUGAAUCAGAAGACAACAAAGCCUCUAGAAAAGGAAAUUCAAGAACCACUGGCAUCUAUGGAAGAGAAUCAAGAGUCACCAAAGCCUUUAGAAAAGGAGAAUCAAGAAUCACUGAGACCUCUGGGAAAUUUGAGAACUCCAGAGGAGGUAGACAAAGAAAGUCAAAGAUACCUGCAAGAAGAAGAGACCCUGGAGAAGGGAGAGAAUCAGGAGUCACUGAGGUCUCUGGAAGAGGAGGGACAGGAACUGCUGCUGUCUGCAAAUCAGCAGAGGUGGGAAGAUACGGUGGUGAGAGACCAAAGACUGGAUCAGGAAAAGCCCUCCGGGAGGGCUGGAGUAAGCAACGAGGAUGAGGCAGAGCUGGACCUGAGGGAACGGGGUGGCAUCGGUGGAAAGGAGGAAUCAGCAGAGGAGGGAGAACUGCAGCUGACUGCAACAGGGGGAGUCUGGAGCACAGGUGAGGGGCACCCAGGGGGCCCUGAGCCCAAAGAGCAGAGGGUUUCAGCUGAGGGCACCAGCAGGGAGGGAGAUGCUGAGGGCCUUCUGGACCCUGAAGGGCAGCCAGAGCAUACCGGGGCCCCAGACCUCCAAACCCCCUGGGGAAUGUCAGAGGUGCUAGAGCCAGUGCUGGAAGAUGCGGAUAAGGCCCCGGGGGGUGGCCAAGCUCCCCGAGAGCUCAUCUUGGGGUUGGAGACAGCUGGGGGUGAGUCUGAUUCAGAAGCUGAGCAAGGACUGGAGCAGGAGAUGGUAGAGUUGGAGGACCCAGGCCACCUGGCCAGAGAGGAGGUGAUGGAGCCACCCCUGGGGGAAGAAGGCUUUGAGGCAAAGAGGGUGCAGGGCUUAGAAGGGCCUGGAAAGGACCUAGAGGAGGCAGCUGCUCUGGAGCCAGAGCUUCCCAUACUGCUCAGGAAGGGCAGAGACCCUCUGGAGUCUCAUGGGGCUGGGAAGGAGUUGGAGCCUGAGACCCCCUGGGGAGCAAUGGAGGUGUUUCCUGCUGAGACCUUGUCCCAUGAUGGAAGUGAUACCCUUCAAUCCAGGCUCCCGGGGUCAGAGGAAGCUGAGAAGGAUGCAGGACCAGUGCUAGGGCCCCCCAGCCCAGGGCCCUCCAGCCCAAGUCCCACUGAGCCCUGCUUGCUCACCCCAGUCCCCGAAGAUGCCUCCGGGCCCCAGCCCCUAGCUGAAGGGAGCCAGGAGGCUAGCGGGGAGCUAGAGGGCAGUGCUGAGGCCCUGGAAAAAGUGGAGGGUGAGAAAGAAGAGUUGGGGUCUGGGGGGCUCCCUGAGGGCCUCCAGGAUGAGGGGGAGGAGAGCAGAGAUGAGAGUGAGGCUGAUGAGCUGGGGGAGACCCUUCCUGACUCCACUCCCCUGGCCCUCUACCUCAGGUGCCCUGCCUCACCCAGGUGGGACCUAGCUGAAGAGCAGAGGCCCUCCCCUCAAGGGGAGACCAGAAAAGAAGGCUGGGAUCCUGCUCUCUUGACCCCUGAGGGCUGUGGGGCUCACCCAGAGGAAGAAGAGGAGGAGGAGAGGGGAGAAGAGGGUGAGGAGUGUGGCCAGGACUCGGACCUAUCAGAAGAAUUUGAGGACGUGGGAACUGAGGGUUCUAUCCCUCCUGGGGUGGCCAGGGAAUUGAUGGAACCUCUGGGCCAGGUGUCCCAGCUGCUACUGGAGCCUGCAGCCUGGGGUCAGGAUGGGGAGUCUGAUGGGUUUGCAGAUGAAGAAGAGAGUGGGGAGGAAGGAGAAGAGGAAGAGGAGGGCAAAGAGCCAGGGGUGGGGCAGUGGAGGCCAGGGUCCCCUGUUGGUGGCCUCCCUGCCCUGAGUCGCCCCCAGAGUGGGAACCUCCUGGGGCCCGAGACGGUGAAUGUCAGCAUCCCCUGGGAUGAUGGCUUGAGGGGUGCAGCGGCUGAUGACCCCACGACUGUCCUGGAGACUGAGUCCCAGGACAGCACUGAGCCCUCUGGCUCAGAGGAAGAGUCUGACGCUGCUCCCUCGGAGAGGGAGGACCAAGUUUGUGGCCCUCUGGGGACCCUCGGUGGGAGAGAGGACACCCCUGGUGUCAAUGGCCAGGGCCCCAGCUUGAAGAAAGAGCUGGAGCAUGUGAACGGGGGGGUGGUGAGCCGGUUGGAGCAGUCUGCUGGAGGGGGGCAGGGGAAACUGGGGGCCCUCGAGGGGGACCAAGGCAGCCCUUUGGAGGAGGAGGGGGGCGCCCUGAAGACCCCUUGGGCCGGGGCUCCUCUUCCUCUGGGCCCAGGCCAGCUCCUGAAGUUCACUCCGAGGGAAGGAGAUGGGGAUUCUUGGUCCUCAGGGGAGGAUUAG